GUAUAUAGAUACUCUUUUGGUUUAGAGCUUUUUCCUGGUUCUGUGUACUCAGGAGUAAGAAUUGCAGAUGGAUGAGGAAAUGGAAAAACACAAUGACCUUCUCAAGGAGAUACAAGAUAGCCCUACUGACAUAAAUGCAGUCGUUGCAAGGAGGCGCAAAGAUUUCAGUGGAGAAUUUUUCCGCUAUUUAAACCUAGUUUCAGAAACCUGUGAUAAUUUGGAAGACCAAGAUGCGGUGGCCCGGCUGGUCGCUAGAUGCUUGUCUGCGGUAAGUGCCUAUGAUAAGACACUGGAGAGUGUGGACACCUUGGAUGCUGCCCAGGCCAAAUUUGAUGAUAUCCUAAACUCUCCAUCAAUAGAGGUUGCCUGUGAAAAGAUUAAAAGCCUUGCCAAGGCAAAGGAACUGGACUCUUCCUUGAUCUUAUUGAUAAAUAGUGCUUGGGCUGCAGCAAAAGAAUCCAAAACCAUGAAGAACGAGGUCAAAGACAUAAUGUACCGUAUAUAUAAAGCCACAAAGACCAGUCUCAGGAGCAUUGCACCGAAAGAAAUGAAGUUACUGAAGUAUUUGCUGAACAUCACUGAUCCUGAAGAGCGAUUCUCUGCAUUGGCAACAGCUUUCUCCCCUGGUGAUGAACAUGAACCAAAGGAUCCCAAUGCAUUACACACUACACCGAAAGAGCUGCAUAAAUGGAUUAAGAUCAUGCUUGAUGCAUACCAUCUCAACAAGGAAGACACUGACAUUAGAGAAGCCAAGCGGAUGAGUCAACCUAUAGUCAUCCAAAGACUAUUUAUCCUCAAGGAGACUAUUGAAGAGGAAUACUUGGAGAAAAGCACAUUUCUUACUCAUCAAGCAGAAGGAGAUGCCAAAUCAGAUGAGCUAUGAGGUCUUACCAGUUGUCGUCACCCUCCUGUGAUUACUACCUGUUCUAGUGGGUUUCAGUUCCCAGCAAGAGACUUGAUGAGGGGAAGCUUGUGAUCUUUGGGAGGCACGAUUCUUCGGUGAUAACUUUCUAAAAUUACAUAGUAAUUCAGUAAUUUUAUAUAUUAGUUACGUGAUAUGGUGUAGCCGUCUUUGAAAUGUUAGAAGAUUACUUAAAGACAUAGUGUUUCGGAGGCAACAUGGUUCGUUUAAAGUAACUCGAAAUGUUAGAAGAUUAUUUGAAGGCUUAA